AUGUCUGUAUACGAGAACGUCUUGUGGCACAACAAGGGUUGGAGUAGCCAAAUCCGCAGGCACAGUUAUCAGAGGAAUGACAGAGGGCGUCGUUCUUGGACUGACCGCGAAGAAGCGGUCCUCAUCUCUGCAUUGAAGGAUCUGGUGGCGCAGGGGUGGAAAUCGGACAAUGGGUUCCGAGGUGGCUACUUGAGCAAGAUUGAAGAAUGGAUGCAGACCGAAUUUCCGAGAACUGAUAUAAAGGCCAAUCCACAUAUUCAAUCUAAGUUAACUGCGUUGAAAAAGCACUACAACCUGUUGCCAAACAUCCUGGAUCGGAGUGGAGUUGGUUUCAAUGUGCACGGAGAUUUCAAGAUUGACUGCUCUGAUGAUCAAUGGGAUCAAAUCGUGAAGCAAGACAAAGAAUACCGUGGAAUGCGCACAAGGUCUUGGCCAUUCUGGGAUGACUGGAAGCUUAUCUUCGGGAAAGAUAGGGCAAAUGGACGUAAUGCUGAAGGAGUAGUCGAGGCUGCGAAUAAUAGCUCUCCAAAUGAGCCUGUGACUGAGAUCGGAGAGAGUACUGAUUACCUCCCAAGUUUUGAUGAUUUCAUAGGUGAAGAGCAAGUUCAAGAAAUGUUUGGGAACAAUGUUGUGGAUGAUAGUAGUGCUCACAGUGGACAGAACACAAGCGGUCCCUCACAGGCUCCUCCAAAACCGAAGCGCAAACGCAAAGUUAGCGAUGAUGAUUCUGGCUUCAUCGACAUGCUAGGAAAUAUGCACACUGAGACGAACGCGCGUUUGGACACUCUGGCAGCGCGGAUUGGCUACAAAAUGGAUCUCGGGAAAGCAAGAAAAGAAAUCUUUCGUUACUUGUGCCUAGGAAAGGUAAUGAACUCUUCGUAGACAUUAUGAUGCCACUACUUCUGUGAAAGAGGAUGUCAUUACUUGAUUAGAUGAUUCAUCACCAACAACACUGUGUAUGAUAGCUGAAAAGAAAAUACAGAGUUAGUUCAUU